GCAGGACGGGAGGCUCGCUCCUGCGGGCGCGCUUGUUUUUCUGCGGCCGCCUCGCCCUGCGCAGCCCCCGCCCGCCUGAACGCCGCGCUCCGCUCAGCCCCGCCCGCCAUCCGAGCCCUGAGCUGGAUUUAUGAAUGGGGGGAAGAGGCCACAUGCCGCCGCCGCCGCCUCGUGUUGACCGCAAGCAGCCCGGGCCCGCGGAGCUCCGCCGGCUGCCGUAAGAGCGUCGGCCCGGCCCCAGCAGCCGCUCCGAGGACUUGUUGCUGCUGCGCUGCCGCCGCCGCGGGGAAGCCGGCCGCUCCCGGGACUCGGGAGCCGGAGGGUGGCCCCUGUGAGUGUGAGUGUGAGCGCGCGCGCGCCCCAGACCUUCGCAGUGAGCCUGGACUGUGCGCUAACUCGCCUUUUGAGGGUGAAAGGGGGGGGGGGCGUGUCCGGGGGCCCGAGCAUCUGAGUGUCCAGUCCUAGCCGGGGAGCGUGAGGGCUUGUUCCUGCCUCCCCGGGUCCCUCGCUUGGGUCCUCGGCUCGCCUUUUCCCUCCUGCCUCCCUCGCCGGAGCUGCCUGCCCAAACCCCAACCACCUGUGCACCGGAGAAACCCAACUCCUCCUGCUCCGCGCCCCGGGGGGAGGCAGGGGCAGGGCCAAGCCGCAGAGGGCCGCCGCCGCCUCCUGCCUCCUCCUCGUCUCCUCCCCCUCCCCCGUCUGACGCUGCCUCCUUGGGAAGGGUGUUUGGAGGGCAGCGGCCGCCCCAAGCCGAAGCCCCGCAGCGCUUCUUAUGAUCAGCUCGGUGUGUGUCUCCUCCUACCGUGGGCGCAAGUCGGGGAACAAGCCUCCGUCCAAAACAUGUCUGAAGGAGGAGAUGGCCAAGGGCGAGGCGUCGGAGAAGAUCAUCAUCAACGUGGGCGGCACGCGACAUGAGACCUACCGCAGCACCCUGCGCACCCUACCGGGCACCCGCCUCGCCUGGCUGGCGGAUCCCGACGGCGGGGGCCGGCCCGAGUCCGAUGGCGGCGGUGCGGGCAGCAGCGGCAGCAACGGCGGCGGGAGCUGCGAGUUCUUCUUCGACCGGCACCCGGGCGUCUUUGCUUACGUGCUCAACUACUACCGCACCGGCAAGCUGCACUGCCCCGCCGACGUGUGUGGGCCGCUCUUCGAGGAGGAGCUCACUUUCUGGGGCAUCGACGAGACCGACGUGGAGCCCUGCUGCUGGAUGACCUACCGGCAGCACCGCGACGCCGAAGAGGCGCUCGAUAUCUUCGAGAGCCCGGACGGAGGCGGCGGUGGCGCAGGGACUGGCGAUGAGGCCGGCGAUGAUGAGCGGGAGCUGGCCCUGCAGCGCCUGGGGCCCCAUGAGGGAGGUGCAGGCCCCGGCGCGGGGUCGGGGGGUUGCCGCGGCUGGCAGCCCCGCAUGUGGGCGCUCUUCGAAGAUCCCUACUCCUCCCGGGCGGCCAGGGUGGUGGCCUUCGCCUCUCUCUUCUUCAUCCUGGUCUCCAUCACCACCUUCUGUCUGGAGACCCACGAGGCCUUCAACAUUGACCGCAACGUGACAGAGAUCCACCGAGUGGGGAACACGACCAGCGUGCACUUCCGGCGGGAGGUGGAGACAGAGCCCAUCCUGACCUACAUCGAGGGCGUGUGUGUGCUGUGGUUUACACUGGAGUUCCUGGUGCGCAUCGUGUGCUGCCCUGACACGCUAGACUUCGUCAAGAACCUGCUCAACAUCAUCGACUUCGUGGCCAUCCUGCCCUUCUACCUGGAGGUGGGGCUGAGCGGCCUGUCCUCCAAGGCAGCCCGAGACGUGCUGGGCUUCCUGCGCGUCGUGCGCUUCGUGCGCAUCCUGCGCAUCUUCAAGCUCACACGCCACUUCGUGGGGCUGCGCGUGCUGGGCCACACCCUACGUGCCAGCACCAAUGAGUUCCUCCUGCUCAUCAUCUUCCUGGCCCUGGGCGUGCUUAUCUUCGCCACCAUGAUCUACUAUGCCGAGCGCAUUGGCGCCAGGCCCUCCGACCCACGGGGCAACGACCACACCGACUUCAAGAACAUCCCCAUUGGCUUCUGGUGGGCGGUGGUCACCAUGACGACGCUGGGCUAUGGGGACAUGUACCCCAAGACGUGGUCGGGCAUGCUGGUGGGGGCGCUGUGUGCACUGGCUGGCGUGCUCACCAUUGCCAUGCCCGUGCCGGUCAUCGUCAACAACUUCGGCAUGUACUACUCCCUGGCCAUGGCCAAGCAGAAGCUGCCUAAAAAAAGAAAGAAGCAUGUGCCCCGGCCACCCCAGCUUGAGUCACCCAUUUACUGCAAGUCUGAGGAGACCUCGCCCCGGGACAGCACCUACAGUGAUACCAGCCCCCCUGCCCCAGAAGAGGGUAUGGUUGAGAGGAAACGGGCAGACUCCAAGCAGAACGGCGAUGCCAAUGCGGUGCUGUCCGAUGAGGAGGGAGCUGGCCUCACCCAGCCCCUGGCCUCUGCCCCCACCCCUGAGGAGCGCCGGGCCCUGCGACGCUCUGGCCCCCGAGACAAAAACAAGAAGGCAGCCGCCUGCUUCCUGCUCAGCGCCGGGGACUAUGCCUGUGCCGAUGGUAGUGUCCGGAAAGGCUGCGCAAAGUCCCGGAGUCUAAACAACAUAGCUGGAGCAGCUGGAACCAGUCUGGGGCUGUCUCCACUGGCAUCAAGAUACAGCUCACCCUACCCUCCAAGAAAGCUCCCGCUCUCCCACCCCUUCCACCCUCUCACCAGCCCUCCACCUGGACACCUGGCCCCUUAGCGGCACCCUCGGCUCUCCCCACCCCCGGGCACACACGCUCACAUGCCCUCUAGCCCUCAUACCUCCUGGGGCCUGAGGGAGCCGGGCGAGAUGCAGUAGAAUCCAGGCCCCUGAGCCUCUCCUCCACAGCACCCAGCUCCCCAGAAUGUUCAGCUCUGGAGCCUGAGAACAAGGGGGAGAUUACGCCCAGGGCUUGUACCUCCCUGGUCCCCAUCCUGAGCCGGACGUGCCAGCCCCCCACCCAGGACCUGUGCCUCUGGGCCUUGCCUGCCCUCAGGGCCCCAUCGUAAUCACAGCAAAUGCAUUUUCAUUCCUCGUGGCCUUCAGUCAGCAACCAGCCUGCCACUGAAUAUCUCUGUCUGUCUGUCUGUCCAUCCCACACCCAGACCAGCCAAGAAUAAGGCUGUCUCAUGGGGCGUCUCUGCUGGUGUGCAGGGAGCUAGGCCCGCGAGGGGAACAGUGCCGCCCUGGGAGAGGAGGCCUAAUGUUCCCCAGCCCUGGCCUGGCACGCAGGUGGGGGUCCCUAGGGCCCCACAAUUGGCUGCCUAGGCAUGGGAAUGCCCUCCUCUCCGGAGUGACACCCGGCGGCAGAGCCCCGCACCCCAUCUGCGCCCCAGCAGUGGUGCCUCUCCCGCGCUGCUUUCUCUGCUUCCGCGACAGUUUCUCUUCCCUCCUUCUCCGCUCCCCCAAACUCCCAGCCCUGCCUCUGAGUCACCUGCCGCUCCCACCCAGCCUCUGCGCUCUGUAUUGCUGCCAGAACCGGAGACUCAUCUAAUUUCUAUAAUUAAGUGUAUUCAUUUACCUAACGAGCCCAGGAGCACAACAGGUUUGUGAGUCAUUGAGUGAGCAGGGGUGCCCCCUGGGCAGGGGCAGCUGAGGGGAAGCGUGGGGACAGAAGCCAUCCUGCCCCUCGCACGUGGCCACUCCCGGGCCAGGCAGGGCCGGUUGCAGGCGGCCCCUCCCCAGCAGCUUCCCAGGGAGGCUCUCUGGGCCCCCUCAGCUUCAGGAACGCAGAAGGCCUCAGCCAAGCCAUUUCCUGUUUCACCUGAUGGGAAUUAGACCUGACAGUGGAGCCGUGUGCCUGGCAAUUUUUAGAGUCAGAUUAUGCAACUUUGUAGAGGGAAUGACUAAGGUCCGUAUCUGCUCCUUCCAGGGUGGGCAAAGAUAGGAAUGGAAGGACAGAAUUCAGGGACUCGGCAGGAGGCUGGGGGAUUGGGAGGCCACCCCGGAAGGUGCGCUGGGCAGAAAGGUCAGACCAUUUCAUGAGGUUGGCUGUUGUGAAAAACCUGUGCCAGGAGCACCCCCAUUUCAGUGCCGUCUGUCUUCAGCCUUGGGCAGACACACGAAUGUCCCUUCCGGAAAAGUGUGUUCACGAUGGGUACUGGCAUACCCCAGCCCUGCUGUGGCCUGUGGGGCCUGUCUCCUGCUUGUUCUCAGAAUGAAAUGUCCCGCUAAGAGAUGAGAAAAUACAGCGGCAUCCAUGUGGCCUGGACAGGCCCCUUUCAGUGACCGGGGCUGGGAAGCCCCGUGGAGCAGGAUGGAGAUAUUAAGCACCGUCUCAUCACUGAAUCUGAGAGCCCAGCUGCUUUUCCUUCGUGAGGACGGAUUCAGUCCCGGCCCCACAGGGCUCCUUGCAUGGGGCUCCUGAGUCUGAUGGGGAUGUGAUGAGCUAGGUGUCCAGUUUAGCCUGGACGCCACAGCUAUUUUCUCCUCUGACUUGCCUUUCUGGUUCGGGGAACUGAGUUGGCUAUUUCUGUGGCAGCCCUCAAGUUGUCAGGAGCCCAAGUUUCCACGGUACCCACCUCCUCCUUCCCUCUCCUCCCUCCCACAGGGAUGGGCAUGCUCAUGGCACCCCUCCGGUGGGCACAGAUGUCCCUGGGCGACAUGAUGCAGGAGUGCCAAGCUGGAGCCCCUGGUGCCUUGGGAGAUGGGCUCCCACCUGUCCCCCCUGGUUCUCUGGCUUCCGUGGGGGAAACAGAGGACCUAGCUAACAGGACGGCUGAGUAGGCUGCUACCUCUCAGGACCUCUGGACCUCCCAGGGCCCUGGGAAGGGGCAAAGUGAGUCCUGGAGUUUGCAGAGACCCACUGUACACGGGGCCCUGCCUAGGAACGCAGCUGCCUACGUGGGCCUCAGCCUGUCCAGACCUUGGGCCUCCCUCCUCAGGGGAAGGCUCUCCCUUCCACCUGUAAUCUGAGAGCACAGUUGGCUUCACGUUGGGUGUAGACUUGGACCUGUACCCAUUACUUUGUCUUCUAGAAGCCUUUCCCUCACAGCUGCGGCCCACCCCCUCCCCCACAGAGCAGGGAAGCAGCCGGGAUAGGAGUUGUUCACCUUACGAGUUUGCACCAGGCCUGCUGACAAACUUAGAGGCAUUUGUCAGCCCCCAGGGCUUCUGGGAAGAGCUGCGAGCUGGAACCAGAGGUGGAAGGUGUCUGUUCAGUGUAGGCCGGGAGUCAGAGGGGAGACUGAGUACCAGCCCGAGGGCUGGGGCUCCAGGAGUCACCCCCUUGGGCCCAGACUACCCUGUCACAGAGCUUCCUGGGAGAGGAGGGCCUCCCCUGCCCUGGUCAGAGACUAUCACCCCCAAACCCCUACCCCCACAGCAGCCUCCUUGCCCGCCCUGCCUGUGCCCCCGCUGGGAGGGUAGGGGAAGGGAAGGCCCAGGCCACUGACAUUCCAGGCUGAGGCUGAGCUGCCGAGAAGGGCUCACUGAGAAGGGUUGGGUUUCUCAAUAAGAUGCUCCUUUCUGGCCUUCUCUUCUGAGAUGGACACGUGCAUCCUCCCUGACCCUCCCCUUCGGCAUCCACCCUCCAACUGCUAGAACUCUGUUCCUGCCAGAUUGAGGAACUGUGGCCGGGCACGACAGGGCAGCACACUCAGGCACCUUCUUCACCAGCCACCCCUGUCCCUCCGCCCCGGGGACAAUGGAGUGGCCCCAGGUGGUAGGUGGCAGGUCGAGCUAUGCGGGGGUGGGCCGCCCAGGUUGGACUCCAGGCCACACCAGGAACGUCCCCCACUCCCUCCGUGCCAGCAUGUAGGUCUGUGAUCCCUCCGCCCAC